UUUCCCCAUAGGCCUGACGUACUUUAGAGGUACAGACUUUCCAAUCCACCUACUACAUACCUCCCUUAAUAUGCAGCCCACUUGUGUAUAGGUAACGAUAUUCACAGCUCUGUUCAGUCUCUGUUCUUCUCGAAGUUCAUAAAUUCAGCAGGACCUUGGCUGAGCAGCAGUCUGUGUUGUCAGUUAAUAACAUUUUGUAGCACUGAUGGAUUCUUCUGUCCCUUCGUCAUGUACAAGUGCUUGGACCUCUCCCCAAGCAGAUUGACAGCAUCUGUUUGUAAAGACACUUUCCUCUUCUUCCUUUCCUGGGGGUCCGCCGUUUGCGGGACAUCCCCCCUGGAGCAGGGUGUCCCCCUUGCUGCACCUCCGCAUAACUCAGCAUUUGCCAGACAGACCCGCAGCUCCCAGCGUUCCCCACCCAGACCCCACCUGUGCCCCCCCCCGGGCCCCAGCGCCCCCCUUGAGGGGAAUUUGGGGAGGUGGGAGGGGGGAGCGCCAAGGCCGGGCCCCCCCGCGCUGUGGUGGCGGGAGCGGCUGCAGUGGGGAGCGAGUGCGGGCGGGAGCGGCCGAGAGCCCAGCGCUGCCCCAGCCCGAGCUGCCCCAGCUCCAUGGCUGCCCCUGCGGGGGGAUGCUGUGGGUUUGGGGGGAAGAGGGAGGCGGAGUGGGUGCUGGGCCGGGGGGCAGGAGGCGAAGGGAAGGAGAAGGAGGGCUAAAAACCAAAAUGGUUAAAGGACGCACAUGGAAAGUGAAGGUGGGAUUGUGCAGGAGAAGGAAGAAUAGUAGGAGGAAGAGGAGUGUGAGGAAGAGGAGAAGGAGGAGCAGGAAGAGGAGGCACCACAAGUUUCCACCCCUCCCUGGAUCUGCAGCCUGCCCCCAGCCCCAGGAGUGUUGGCCCCCAUAUGCAGCAGGAGUGUCCGGAUGGAGGAGGAGGAAAAGCCCUGGAGAUCCCACCCGAGGAGGGGCUGCAAACCCAGCGCAGGGAGCUGCGAGGAGGAAAGACCCCCCCUGUGCCAGGAGGGCGGCCGGAGAUGCAGGCGGAGCUCAGAGCUGGUGGAGAAGCCUGAUGGAGGGGAGAAGCCCCACAAGUGCUUGGAAUGUGGGAAGGGAUUCAGGUACAGGUCCCACCUGAUCCAGCACCAGGUGAUCCACAGUGGGGAACGGCCCUACGAGUGUGGGGAGUGUGGGAUGAGCUUCAGCUACAGGUCCAGUCUGACCCAGCACCAGAGGAUCCACACUGGGGAACGGCCCUACAAGUGUGGGAAGUGUUGGAAGAGCUUCAGGCGGAGCUCUGACCUGCUCAUCCACCAGGUGAUCCACACUGGGGAAGGGCCCUACACCUGCUUGGAAUGUGGAAAGAGCUUUGGACAGAGCUCCGACCUGAGAAAACACCAGCGCAUCCACACCGGGGAGAAGCCUUACGAGUGUCCCCAUUGUGGGAAGAGGUUUCAGACCAGCUCUGAUCUCGUACAUGAGCGGAUUCACACAGAGGAGAGGCCCUUCCGCUGCCCCGACUGCAGAAAGGGCUUCAAGCAAAACUCCACCCUCACUGUCCACCGGCGCAUCCACACCGGGGAGAGGCCCUAUGAGUGUCCUGAGUGUGGGAAGAGGUUUCAGAGCAGCUCCACUCUCCUCAAACAUCAGCGGAUUCACAGGGAGGAGAGGCCCUUCCCCUGCCCCGACUGUGGGAAGGGCUUCAAGCGCAACUCACACCUCACUGCCCACCUGUGCAUCCACACCGGGGAGAGGCCCUACAAGUGUCCUCACUGUGGGAAUGGCUUCUCACACAGCUCUCACUUGACCAAACACCAAAGGAGGCACCACUAAGGGAAGCCCUGUGAGUGCCCCGAGAGCGGGAAGAGCUCUGUGUGCUGCUCCAGCUCCAUCCCCCAUGGGAGGAUCAGCGUUGGACCAUCCUCAGUGACCCCCGUUGGGCAGAGCCCUGGUGAUCCGUGGUCCUGGUGAUCCCUGUUGGGAAGACACCUGGCUGUGGGGACUCUACAUUUUCCUGUUUCCCCCUGGAUGAAUGCAGGGGCAGGAAUAUCCCAGUGCCUCUGCAGGACUCUGAGGGGCACCAAGCUGGAACAGCAGGAACGAGCAGAAAGGACAGGUUUGUGGAUGAGAUGUAUCAGAAAUUUUGCAGUGGUAUCUGGAACAUCUGGGCAGGGCAGGGGGUGCGGGGCUGCAGCGUAGCGGAACACCGAGAGCAGUACACAGGAAGCAGUGGAGGGGGAAAGCCACAGACUGGCGCCAGCAGGGGCAGAAGACGAGCUCAGGAUUCCUGGACACAGGAGCAGAUGGUGAUUGAUUUCCUGGGUCUGGAUUCCAGUAGGGACAGAGAAUUCUCCCUGCAGUAAGCACCAAAUUGAUUCUCCUCCUUCUGAUGCAGAGAGUGAGAGAGAGCAGCUGCCCCCAGCCCUGUCCUUUACCUACCCCCAAAACUCGUGGUGUCUUUUUCCUCUGAGGGAAAACUCCCAGAGACAAAAGAAGUGUAGCCAGGUGCUACAGUCCUCUCCUGUGGCAACUUUUGUUUUUUGCCUAAGUACCCAUAAGUACCCAGCAGUUAAUUUCCUAGCAACUUACGAAAAAAAUUUCUAUGAGUAAAAAAGAAACAAAUCUUAUCGAGGUGCACGAUUCUGGGGGAUCCCAGGGCACGUGGCACCAGGGGUGCAACACUUCCCCCUGGGAGCUCUGAUGUUCUCAGCUGUUGCUGUUUGGGUGCAGAGAUGGCAAAGACAACAGGACGGGUUAUUGCGGAGGGCAACUAAAGCAGGCGUUUAUUUAGGGAUCCAAGAACACAAACCACAAAAGACCUCCAAGAAGAGAGACCAAAGAUCCAAAGGCUGGCUAGUAACUUAUAUCUGGGGGCGGGUACAGAAGGUCAGCCAGUAAAGACUGUCUAGGGGAGGAACAGAAGGCGAGGAGUACAAACUUAAACCAAUAAGGGUAAUAAAGGGAGGGGAACAAUACAGGAUAACACAUGAUACAUUGAGUUAGAGAAGACUGGCAGGGAAAGCUCUAGAAAGAGGGGUAGGAGUGCUGGGGAUUGACAAUUGUGAAGGGAGAAGAUUAGGGAGGAGAUAAAUGCUUGAAGACCAAUAGGGUAACCUCUAGGGAGUGGCCAGCUGACAAGUAAAGGGAUUGACACAUAACAGUAUGAAUAACAACUGGGGUACAGAAUCUAAAAAUAGAGCAAACUGAUACAAAUGAGAGACAGGCACCAUUAUGGGGAGUGGGGGAGGAUCUAACACACAAAUAAAAUAGAAAGCUGGCCAAAAACCACAAAGCAAAAACCCCCCUCACAACAAAAUCUAACCCCCAAAUCACGUGGACCCUCAGCUGGCACAGACACAGAAAUCCUUUUCUCUUGACCUUGAUUUGCUUUUCAUUUUCUCUUCAUCUUUGAAAACACGUGAAGUUGGGGUCAAAAUAAAGACACUGAACUAAGACAUGGAUGAGGACAUGGGGGCACAUAGACAUGGAUGGGACGUGGCCAUUCAUGAGGACAUGAGGGGACAUAGGCACAGAUGGAGACAUGGGGGACAAUGACAGCGAUGGAAAUGUGGUGGGGAGACAGCCCUGGGUGAGGGCAUGGUGGGACAUGACCAGUGACAUGCGGGGACAUGGCCCUGGCCGGUGCCAUGGGGGAAACUUGCAGGGGCUGUGGGGGAUGCUGGGUUUGAGGGAGUUGAGGGUUCCUGGCAGGGACUUGGGCCUUGCUGAGGGCUUUGGGGACCCCAGGCCCAGCGGCUCCGGCUGCACUGGGAGACCCUGGUGGAGGUUGUGGGGCAGCUGCUCAAGGACCCCCUGACCUGGACCCCCCUCUGGGCAUUGGGGUCCUGGAAGGGAAUGAAUGUCCUUGUCCCCAGGAGGGAAAUCCCAGCAGCCCCAGGGUGUUGGGGGCAGCUGAGAAGCCCCAAAAGGGAGGGGAAAGCCAGACAUAGCUGUCCCUCUCCAAAACUGCACCCCAAAAAAUCCCCAGACUCAGGGAUUCCUCCCAGGAAAAGGUGGCCAGGAGGUGCCUUAAUUAAGUAAAAGGGGAGUUUGGACCCCUGUAUUCCAUUGGAAGGGUCCCACUCCACCUUUCUAACCCCCGGGAUGGAGCCAGGCCAGUUUGGGCUGGAGCAGUGCUGGGCUCUUGGUGCAGCCUGGGCACACCCCAUGAGCCUCCUUCUCAAAUUUCCCUGGCAGUUUAGAGGGGUCCCAGUGCCUUUUGGGGUUUGCUGAGUGCCAUGUCUGGGUUCAAGUGCCUCCCAAGGAGUCCCCGUUGUGGGGUGACAUGGUGGGGACACACAGGGGUCCCCAUUCCUGAUUCAUCCAGCAGCCUGUUCUGCCCCCUCCGCCAAUCUGUCCCUUUCUGACCCAUCCCUUAACCCACAGUUCAGAGUUCCUGAUCCAUCCCUUCCAUCCCUUCCCCCACCGCUCCGCAGUUCCUGAUCCAUCCCUUCCAUCCCUUCCCCCACAGCUCCGCAGUUCCUGAUCCAUCCCUUCCAUCCCUUCCCCUCUCGGACAAAGCCGCCAUCCCCGCCUGCUCCCCGAGCCCGCCCCACAGCGCCCCCUGCAGCCGCGGGGGGAUCAUCGCCCCUGCCCCGCCCACCGGGAGCCACCAGCGCCCCUGCCGGCCGUGCCCGGAACUGCACCAAAGGGGAAAGGGCCGCGCUCAGGGAAGUGUUCCUGGCUUCUGCUUCUGGUUGUUAUUAAUGCUGGGCUUGGGGUUGUUUGUUUGCCUGUUUAUACACACCAGUAAAGAAAUGUUAUUCUUAUCUCUAGAUCUUUGCCUGAGAGCCCCUUAAUUUGCAAAUUUAUAAUGAUUUGGAGGGACUGGGUUUGAAUUCUCCAUUCCAAGGGAGGUUCCGGAUUUCCCUGGCAUACACCUGUCUUUCAGAUUAAUACAACACCAUUCUCUGAAUUAGCUGUAAUAUAAAAGUUAGUUAGAACAGUUGUAACAUAAAAGCAUUUUACCAUUAUGCAGUCUCUAUUUAGAAUUUUCGCUAAGGCCUAUGAUAUAAUAUUGAUUUAAUACACUGCCAUUUCUCUACAGUGCACACAUAAACAGAUUAUGUUAUACCAAAAAGCAGCUAAAAGGAAUUAUUAAUUGCACCAUAUCAAAGUCGUUGUGAUCAAUAACAAUGUGCAAAAGAUAAUACAUGAAUGCAAAAGCCAAUAUUUUAUUGUCAUUUCUAUUGUGAUUUCUAUUGUCAUUUAUAACCCAGAUCUGCUGCCUCUUCUGCAAGGCACCUCGGAGGCUCAUUCACCCCCUGCCCCCAUGUUUCUGCAAGUCCCAAAGUGUCUUCAAGGGUUCCUGAGUGUCCCCAGAGUGUCCCUGAGUAUUCCUGGGCGUCCCUGAGUGUCCAUUAGUGUCCCCAAGUGUCCCCAGUGACACCAGGAAUUCCCAUCAGGAUUUGGGGCAGUUUCAAUUAAAAUUCCCAGAAAUUUCCCCAAAUUUGUCUCAAACACUGAGCGGGGAGGGAGGAGGGGCCAAGUGACCCCAGCGAUGUCCCCGGUGGCGUCACUGCCCCAAUGACGGGACCUUGCUGUGUCCGCAGCAGCCUCGGGAUGUCCUCGGUGGCUCUUUGGCACCACGCGCCCACCGGGGCCCUCACGGGUCAAGUUUUUGUGGCAUCUCCACUGAAGACUGUGGCUAUGAGGAGUUGUAAAAGCAAAUUUCUCGGCUGCAUGGCUAAAUCAGCUUCAUGGAGGCGGAGGGUGUCACUGUUUGAGCCAGCAAAGUCCCCACGUCCCCAGCAGAGGCGGUAGCAUCUUAUCAGUGGUAGCCGCAGAAGCAACAACAACAGUGGCAUUUGUGAUGGGUCCUCCCUGAGCCUGCUAGCAUUCUCAAAGCAGUGCAUUUUAUUCUAUUUUUGGCAGUCAGAUAGAAACACAAGUCCAGUAAUGCCUUGUUGGGCGUGUCCUAAGCUACGGUUGAUGUGCAACCAUAUUUGUAAUUUCUUACACAAAUUCUACGCAUGGAGCUCUAUCUGUUCUAUCUAGGAAUGUUUAGCAAGUGUUGUUGUUAUGACUAGAAUUUAACUAACUUUGCAAAAGGCAAUGUUACUUGACCAUUAAACUAGUCUUCAGGUCUUUUUCUUGCUAACUGAUUCAGUCUCUUAUUUACUAAGGCAUUUAAAAAUCCUCUAUUUAUUUAACACUAAGCUUGCAUUUCUUCCUCAUGUCUGUGUGGCUUUAUGUAUUUUAGUUUCUCUGAAGGCUCUAAGUCAGCCCUCACAUUUCUGGGCACUCCUGG